AGGACCCGGAGGCUGAGUAGUCAGCUGACAGCCAGCCACAGCGAGCUCGUUUGACCCGGAGCGUUUAUUUCGUCUGGCUGGGAGAACCGACGUCUCUGCGGAUCCGUGUCUGAAAACCCAGACAGACAUACUUCAACAACAGCAACAAGAAAAAAGAAGACAACCACACACGACCACGUCUACCUAAAGAGCGCAGCAAAGAUGGAGUGUGAGUGGAAGCCAGACGAGCAGGGACUUCAACAGAUACUACAGCUGCUGAAGGAGUCCCAGUCGCCGGACACGUCUACACAGAGAUCCGUCCAGCAACGGCUUGAGCAGCUGAACCAGUAUCCAGAUUUUAACAACUAUUUAAUAUUUGUUUUGACGAAAUUGAAAUCAGAAGACGAGCCAACCCGUUCACUCAGUGGACUGAUACUGAAGAACAACGUGAAAGCUCACUAUCAGAAUUUCCCAAAUGGCGUUUCUGAGUUUAUCAAAAGCGAGUGCCUCCAAAACAUCGGAGAUGCAUCCCCCCUCAUCAGGGCCACAGUGGGGAUCCUCAUCACUACAAUUGCCUCCAAAGGAGAACUACAAAACUGGCCUGAGCUUCUGCCUAAACUCUGCCAGCUGCUGGAUUCUGAAGACUACAACACAUGUGAGGGAGCUUUCGGAGCACUGCAGAAGAUCUGUGAAGACUCCGCAGAGAUCCUGGACAGUGACUUGCUGGAUCGUCCUCUUAACAUCAUGAUCCCCAAAUUCCUGCAGUUUUUCAAGCACAGCAGUCCUAAAAUCAGGUCUCAUGCCAUCGCCUGCGUCAAUCAGUUUAUCAUCAGCAGGACUCAGGCUCUGAUGCUUCACAUUGACCCUUUCAUUGAGAAUCUAUUUGCUUUAGCGACAGAUGAGGAACCCGAAGUGAGGAAAAAUGUUUGCCGAGCCCUUGUCAUGCUGUUGGAGGUUCGCCUGGAUCGUCUUCUGCCACACAUGCACAACAUCAUCGAGUACAUGCUUCAGAGGACUCAGGACCAGGAUGAAAAUGUUGCCUUGGAGGCCUGUGAGUUCUGGCUUACUUUAGCAGAGCAGCCAGUGUGCAAGGACGUGCUCUGCGGUCACCUCUCUCAGCUCAUUCCUGUGCUCAUCAACGGGAUGAAGUACUCUGAGAUCGACAUAAUCUUGCUCAAGGGUGACAUUGAGGAGGAUGAGGCCAUUCCAGACAAUGACCAAGACAUCAGACCUCGUUUCCAUCGCUCCCGUACAGUCGCCCAGCAGCAUGAGGGGGACGGGAUUGGGGAAGACGAUGAUGAGGAUGAUGAACUAGAUGAUGACGACACCAUCUCUGACUGGAACCUGCGAAAGUGUUCUGCAGCAGCACUGGACGUGUUGGCUAAUGUGUUCAGGGAUGAUCUUUUGCUGCACAUUCUGCCCCUCCUCAAAGAGCUGCUCUUCCAUCGUGAGUGGGUCGUUAAAGAGUCUGGUAUCCUGGUGCUGGGAGCUAUAGCUGAAGGCUGUAUGCAGGGCAUGAUCCCGUACCUGCCUGAGCUCAUCCCACAUCUCGUUCAGUGUUUGUCUGAUAAAAAAGCUCUGGUCCGAUCCAUCACCUGCUGGACACUGAGUCGCUACGCUCACUGGGUUGUCAGCCAGCCUCCAGAUAUUUACCUGAAGCCUUUAAUGACUGAGCUGCUCAAACGUAUUCUGGAUAGCAACAAGCGAGUCCAGGAGGCUGCAUGCAGUGCCUUUGCCACUCUGGAGGAAGAAGCGUGCACGGAGCUGGUGCCGUACUUGGCCUUCAUCCUGGACACGCUGGUGUUUGCUUUCAGCAAGUAUCAGCACAAAAAUCUGCUCAUUCUUUAUGACGCCAUCGGGACGCUUGCAGAUUCAGUGGGACACCACCUCAAUAAACCUGAGUACAUCCAGAUGUUGAUGCCACCACUGAUACAGAAAUGGAACCAGCUCAAAGAUGAGGACAAAGAUCUCUUCCCACUGUUAGAAUGUCUGUCCUCUGUAGCCACAGCCCUGCAGAGUGGCUUCCUGCCCUACUGUGAGCCUGUGUACCAGCGAUGUGUCAACCUGGUCCAGAAGACCCUGGCUCAGGCUAUGCUCCAUCAGUCCCAGCCAGACCAGUAUGAGGCCCCAGACAAAGACUUUAUGAUCGUGGCUUUGGAUCUUCUGAGUGGACUGGCCGAGGGUUUGGGAGGCACCAUCGAGCAGCUGGUUGCUCGCAGCAACAUCCUCACUCUUCUGUACCAGUGCAUGCAGGACAAAAUGCCAGAAGUGCGACAGAGUUCUUUUGCUCUGCUCGGGGAUCUGACCAAGGCGUGUUUCCAGCAUGUGAAGCCGUGCAUCGCUGAUUUUAUGCCCAUACUGGGUACUAAUCUAAACCCAGAGUUAAUAUCUGUGUGCAACAACGCAACGUGGGCAAUUGGAGAGAUCUCUAUACAAAUGGGGCCCGAGAUGCAGCCGUACAUUGCCAUGGUGCUGCACCAGCUGGUGGAGAUUAUUAACCGACCCAAUACCCCAAAGACUCUGCUGGAAAACACAGCAAUAACAAUUGGUCGUCUCGGUUACGUUUGUCCUCAAGAGGUGGCACCCAUGCUACAGCAGUUUAUAAGACCCUGGUGCACCUCACUGCGCAACAUAAGAGACAAUGAGGAAAAAGACUCAGCUUUCAGAGGGAUUUGCACUAUGAUCAGUGUGAAUCCAGGAGGCGUGGUGCAGGACUUUAUAUUCUUCUGUGAUGCAGUGGCCUCCUGGGUCAAUCCAAAAGAUGACCUCAGAGACAUGUUCUACAAGAUCCUUCACGGGUUCAAGAACCAGGUGGGAGAAGAGAACUGGAGGCGCUUCUCAGAUCAGUUCCCAUUGCCGCUGAAGGAACGACUGGCCACCUUUUAUGGGGUGUAGCACUCCCCCCCCCAGCAUCGUGCCUCAUCAUGGGGUCCUUCACUGUGGGAGACAUUACAGGGAACCAUCCCAGGGAACGUCACCCUUAACUUGGGGGGGAAAGGGUGCAGACCCCUCCCCGACCUGGUGGACGGGGAGGGAGGGAGGGAGGGAGGGAGGUGGUAGCUGCAGUUCUCAGUGCCCUUCUGCACAAGCCGAUGGGGAAAGAGAGUGGCAGUUCAACCUUAUCACGGGAGGAACAUUCAUCCAAUCUCAUCUCAAUCACAGAUAGAGUUUAUCACCUUUUUCCUUCUCAGUUCUUUCACAGAUAUCUUACUUUCUGGACUAUUGAAGAGAAAUGUUAGCAAAAAUCAAGAAGUCUUACAGAACUUUGUAAAAGAUUUAUUUAUUUUUUGUUAGAUUAGGAGAAAAGGUAAAUCAGGGCAGGAAUACAUUAAUAGGACUCAUCAAGAAGAGCUUUAGGAGUAAAGCUGACCUCUCAUCAGGAUGUAUUCUAGUUUAAAGUUAAGGAUUAGAAGCUCGUGUUUUACAUUAGAGCCAACCAGCUGCAUAUCAUCCAGAACAAGUGAUCGCCUGUGAAAGUUUCUAAUUCUUUUAGUUUUCAAACUAAAGCAGGGCAGAUGUUAAUGAUGUCCCCAGAAAAAGCACAAAUUAAGAGCAGCUUUUCUGGUUAAAAAAAAAAGGAAAGAAAGUAAAGUAGCAUGCUUUUAUUAAUGUGGGAAGCUGUUGAACGUUAGUGAUGAGUGUUGACAGCUGUCAUUGCCAUUCGAUAAGUGUAAAAUAGAUUUACAGUACUUUUUUGUUUCCUUUGCCAGAGAAUUACAGCAGCCUUCUGUAAUGUAGCAUGACAGGGUUUCCACACCGAGUUUGUUGAAUCUGUGACGUAACGAUGGAGUGAGUCUUUGUUUUGUGGUGUGAAUGUAACACGGACAUUCAUCGGCAAGCAUAUCAAAGAUUUAGAUGCUUAAAUUCAUUUUUUUUAUGUUGCUUAUAGCCUUCUUAAGGAGGAAUGAAGGAGAAAGUGCAGGAUAGCCAACUGUGUGCAGGUCGUUUAUGUGUUCAUGGAGACUUAACGCCACAAUGACACCAAACCUGUCUGUGAUUCUUUGUUUUUGUGACUCCUUGCUGUUGAACCAGUCAAGUCAGUGUUCGAAAUGUUCAUUUUCUUUCAGCGUGUUGCAGUUUUUGUUCCUGGUUGUUUGGUUUCCUGUGCUAAAAGCAUGAUCUUAAGACUGUGUAACGUUUCGGGUGGGUUUCAUCUCUUGCAUGUUGGUGGCCCCCUCACAUCCCAGCAUUUAGUGGGACGAGGGCUGUGGGAGGGGAGGGAGCUUCAAUUCAAACUUGUGUGUACACUGGGACAUGUCAAAUUUAGCAUAAACUUUGCUGGAGUGUGCUCUUCCUGAACGUUCCCCCCCAUCAAUGUGAAAAUACUGUAAAAGUACAAGAAUGUUGUUGUCUGUUUUGUGCUGUUUUUUUUUAUAUUUAAGUGUCUAAAUGUUUAACUUACAGCCUGAAUGUAUUCCAUGAUGAGUUAGAGAGAAAAAAAAACUGUUUUUGUUUGUUUGUUUUAUUUUUUUUUAUGAUUUUACACCAAUUUUUGUUUCUUUUUCUUUUCUUUUCUCUGCUGGUCAGAGUAAAAGCUGCAGUAUUUAAUUGUUUUAAGUGCACAACAUGCACCUGAAAUUUGCAUGAACAAAUAAUGUAGCCAAACCCCAGUACAACCAUAAUUUAAAACAUUUUUGCUGCUAUUUUUAUUAUUUAUUAUUAUUAUUAUUAUUAAUUUAAUGUAAUAAACGUCUUUAUGCAA